AUGCCGAUGUUUGGCCCCGCAUCCGCGGCAGCGCGCUGCCGUAUCCCGUACCUGUCGUGUUCGCGCCGCGCUUUCUCAAGCAGCACGCCACUGCGCGCUGACUUCACCCAUGCCGUCGUUGGUGGAGGCGCGGUCGGCCUCGCCAUUGCGAGACGGCUGCAGCAAAAGGACGGUGUGUCGACUGUGCUAAUUGAGAGACAUGGCUCCGUGGGCACCGAGACGAGCAGUCGCAAUUCAGAGGUCAUCCACGCAGGCCUCUACUAUGGACCGGACACAUUGAAGACCAAGCUCUGCGUCAAGGGCAAGGAGAUGAUGUAUGACUUGUGCAAGCGCAUGGCUAUACCGCACAACAAUUGCGGUAAGUGGGUUGUUGCUCAGGACGACGGGCAAAUGCAACAGCUUGAGAAGACCCACGAGCACUGCCAGGCCAUCGGUGUGCCCACGCAUUUCCUGAGCCAUGAAGACGCCAAGCGCCAGGAACCAGACGUCCAAGCAAAGGCUGGCAUUCUUGUCAGCCCAACCACUGGCAUCGUCGACUCGCACACGCUGAUGCAAUUUCUGGAGGGCGACUUCGAGAACGUCGGCGGCAUCUGCGCUUUCCAGUCGCCGGUGACGCGCAUCACACCGCUCUCCAGCGGUGGCAACAGCGCACCCGGCUCUGCUGGCUGGGAGAUCACAACCACGACGCCGGAGGGAGAGGAGAGCAGCAUUACGGCCGAAGUCGUCAUCAAUUCAGCCGGCCUCAGCGCCAUCGAGCUCUCGAACUCCAUUCUGCCCCCCGAACGCCAUCUCAUCCCCGCUUACUGCAAGGGAUCCUACUUCUCCUACUCCGCUUCCCACCCUAAGCCCAAGGUCCUCGUCUACCCAGCACCGCGCCCCGGCCUCGGCGGCCUGGGCACCCAUCUCACCCUUGACAUGGGCGGCCGCAUUCGCUUUGGCCCCGAUGUCGAGUGGGUUGACGAUCCAACAGAUCUGAAGGUGUCGGACAAGAACCUGGUAGCUGCACUGGAGGAUAUUCAGCUAUAUCUGCCCGGCAUUGACAAGGGCGCCUUCGGCUUGGACUAUGCAGGAAUGCGGCCGAAGCUGGGUAGAGCGGGCGUGUCGCAGAUUGGCGGGAAGGGUGGCUUCCAAGAUUUCUAUAUCAAAAAGGAAGAGGGAUUCGAGGGAUUUGUCAAUUUGCUGGGAAUCGAGAGCCCGGGAUUAACGAGCUGUUUGGCAAUCGGAGACGAGGUGUUCGAGAUUCUUUAUAGCCGAUGA